AUGCCGUGUUAUGGAAAUACUAUCGUAAAAAUUAAUCAAGUUCGACAAUCCAUAAGAGACAAUAUUAGUUCUAUUAUCGUAUGGGCUAUUGGCACUUAUCCUGUCGAACAGGAAGAUAAUGAUAUCGAAUUAGUUAUGUUUGUACCUAUCGAUUCGGAUGAAAGGGAUCCUGAUAGUCAGGCAAUAUUCGAAAAAAAUAAAUAUUAUAUUAUCGGUGGAAAGGUUGUACCUGAACAUUACCGUGGCGCUAAAAGGUUAAAGAUGACGGUCGCAACUUCAACACAUGUUAAUAUUAAUAAGGAACUUAAUUCGAAUAAUUGUCCAUUAAAAGUAUCUCUCGUUGGUGUCGCUCAAAAUGAACCUCAGGAAGUUAGCAAUGACGAAAAUGCCAUCAUCAAGACUUUAGUCAACGAUUAUACCACUCAGGAGUAUAAUUUUGUAGUUAAUAUUACUUAUCAACACUCUAAUUCGCGAUUUAAACAUUUUAAAAAUUCUAUUCGGCCAAAAGAAUCUAUGAUAUUUAUCGUUGGUGAAAUGGAAAUUAUCCAAGACGAAUUAUACGUUUACGCAAGAGACAUCAAUUAUGUUGGUAUGCAUUUAUCAACCAAAAGGCAACUAUCUGAGUCCAGUAAUUCACAGUUAUCAGUAGCAUCACCUAAGUUGGUUCGUUCUAAGCUUUUGGCUACGCAUC